AGGAGCUGAGGCACAUCGAGUCUCAGGCGAACAAAGAGCCGGAGCUCGGGUGCAGUGCCAGGGACUGGCUGGAAAGGGGGGGUCGCAGUGGCAGCUCCGGUUACACAGACUCGCUGCUGGCUAUGAGUAGGGGGCGGUGUAGGAGCUCCGAGCUCUCAAGUUAGUGGGAAUAGGGAAUGGAGGAGGGGAAGAGAGCGUGAGACAGCUGCCCUCCUCCCUCUGUCUUCGGGUACCCCAUGGCUGGAAGGCCCCGGCUUUGAGUCGUGCUGCUUCCUACCGACAUGGCCGCUGCCAUCAGCUACACCCCACCGUGGUGGGUCAACCUGCUGCACCGGCUCCCCCACUUCAACCUACAGUGGGAGAGUCUAAAUGGUGAUUUCCGCCCACAGGACCCGGACUACCAGCAGUCCUUGAUGCUUCUGGGUUGUGUCGCACUCGCCUGCCUGGCUCUUGACCUUCUCUUCCUGCUCUUCUACUCCUUCUGGUUCUGCUGCCGUCACCGGAAAACAGAAGAGAACACAAAUGCGGAUUGCUGCUGUACCGCUUGGUGUGUCAUCAUUGCUACUCUUGUCUGCAGUGCUGGAAUUGCUGUCGGUUUCUAUGGCAACGGGGAGACCAGUGAUGGCAUCCAUCGAGUGACAUAUUCGAUAAGACAUGUGAACCGCACUGUGGCAGGAAUCCAAGAUCGGGUGUCUAAUACAACAACAUCUCUCAACCAAACCGUGGAGCCAAGUCUGCAAAACCUGGAAGUCAUGUUUACAAAACAGACCGAUUACCUCCACAUUGUCCAGAGCCUUCAGAGCCUUCUCUACACCCUGGUUCAGCAAACCUCAGAAAUUCCCUUCUGGAAGAAUCCGGACAUGUCUCUGGAUGAAUUGGCCGCACGGGUGGAUCUAUAUGACUGGUACAGGUGGCUGGGGUACCUGGGUCUGCUUCUGUUCCAUGUCCUCAUUUGUUUGCUGGUCUUCAUUGAUUAUAUAUAUAUAUAUAUAUAUAUAUAUAUAUAUAUAUAUAUAUAUAUAUAUAUAUAUAUAUAUAUAUAAUCAAGUUGUAAGAGUUAGAAAAUAAGGUGCGAGUAAGGGAAAUGUAUAGCAACAUCUACAGAUAAGAAUAAGGGCAUGCUCUGCAUCCUACAUUACCCUGGGCACAAACAUUUCCAAAUGUCUGUGAACUCACAUAAGGCUUGCACUGUAUAUUGUUUUACUUUCUGGAUUGGGUAUAAAUGCAGGUGGUGUAUAUAUUUGUGUUUGAGGGUACAACUCAGAGAGUUGGAAUGUAUUCAUGGAAGUUGAACGUUUUACAAAAUAUUGAACAGUUAAUGAAGCCCUCCAAGGCUAAGUAAAUUGCCGUUAUUGUUGCAGCUCCCUAAAACACUGCUUCUGUGAAGAUGUAUUUUGUAGAAUUGCAGUCAAUGAAGUAGUUUUGUAUAUGUUAUUGUAUAUACAGUAUAUUCUCACUGUAUAUCGCUGUUGCUAGCCAACUAUUGUUACAGCCCAUAGUUCGAGGCCGCCACUUCAUUUAACUGCAUCUCCUAGGAUUGACUAAUCCAUGACAUGGCUUCUCUUCUCUGUAGUCAUCCAGUUGUUCAAGUAAUAGUUUUACGUCAAGUUUCCAGUGAACCACCUGUGCCCUAUGUGCCCCCUAUAUAGUUGGUUUGUAGGAGAAGAAACCCCUAUAAGCAUUUGUUGGACAGGAGAUGGACAAGCUAUAAGCCAGUCAGUUGCAAAUAGUAUUGCUACCUCCUGUUUUAAUGAUAAUACGUUUGGUUAAGUUUGGCUUGUUUCUAAACUUUUCUUAAGAUCAUCACCCCAAUUUCAUUCACUCUAAAACAGGCAGUGCCAUAUGUGAGUUCCAAAGGAUAUUUCCUGAAAGCCACUUACAUUGUAUUUACUUCAUCUAGUCUUGUCAUGUUCUUCAUUCAGUAGACCCCCAUUUUAUAUUUCUUCAUGGGACCAGAAAAAAAGUGGUGUAAGAUCUUUGAUAUUUGUUAGGGACUUGAGGUUUAGGUACUUCAAGCAAAUCAUCACAGGGUUGAGUUUUUCUACAAUACAGUCGUUGCGGUUGCGCAGUACCGUGUAUCUUUUGUCACUUGCACGACAUUAGAGGACGGCCACAAGAGGUGCAAACUAAGAAGGCCCCCGAUUUUUAAGAAAAUCAGGAAACAGUACAAUAUCAGAGAAAAUUGCUCGUCAAAUAACAUUGGAAUCAUCAGGACCAAUGUUGUAAAAUCAGGCCUUGACUAUACGUCUUUAUCCUUUUCCAUGUUUUUAAUCCUAUGUUUUUUGUUUGUUUUUAUUUUCAACAAAUUUUAAGGAUGCCGAAAGAGUAUUGUUUCUGGGAGCAUGUCAUUGAAAUAUGUCUUAAAACACACAUUAAAAAUGUAUUCAUAAACCUUGGUUUUGAUCUGAGGAGAGUUCUGGUGGGACAGAAAACACAGUCCCACCUAUAGGCUUCAAUAUGAACCUGCUCUGCCUCCAUUUGUUACGUUACUUCUGUGGUAGGGAACCAAUCACUAUAUUUUAUAUUCAUGAAUAAUUUAUGAAUCGUCAUGUCAAAAGGAACUUGAUUUCAUUAUUCAACUGGCACAGUUUAAGCGAGCACAUGGUUCCAUAUGGAGUAUUCCAGCUAGAGAGCAGCUGGCACUUUUCAAAUAAUUUGGCGACUGGACCAUUCAAUUGUUAGGUGAACCAGAUAUAGAAGAAAAAUCUGGCUGUAUGGAUUUCACCAAUGGUGCUAACUCCCACUCCGUACAAUUCAACCGUGCAUUACUGUUGAGUGCAAGACUCCAGAAGAUAUGAGAUAUAAUGUCCUUUUUCUGUACUUUACUUUUCUUCCUUUUAUAUAUAAAUAUAUAUGGCUGAAACUGAUAUCAUUUCACCCCCGACUAUAAGGAGCAUGCUCCGGACCGUGUACUGAUGCCAUUUU